AUGUUGCUAGAACCCACGCGGAGAAAGGAAGAGACGCAGGCAGGCUGCCGGGACCCCUUCCCCAAGAGACGGCACCAUGACCCAGGGAAAGCUCUCCGUGGCUAACAAGGCCCCUGGGACCGAGGGGCAGCAGCAGGCCAACGAUGAGAAGGAGGCUCCAGCAGUGCCCUCAGCCCCGCCUUCCUAUGAGGAGGCCACCUCUGGGGAGGGGCUGAAGGCAGGGGCCUUCCCCGAAGCCCCUUCAGCUGUGCCUCUCCACCCCAGCUGGGCCUAUGUGGACCCUAGCAGCAGCUCCAGUUAUGAGAGUGGUUUCUCCACAGGACACCAUGAGCUCUUCACCACCUUCAGUUGGGAUGACCAGAAAGUUCGCCGAGUCUUCAUCAGAAAGGUGUAUACUAUCCUGCUGAUCCAGCUGCUAGUGACUUUGGCUGUUGUGGCUCUCUUUACCUUCUGUGACCCUGUUAAGGACUAUAUCCAGGCUAACCCAGGCUGGUACUGGGCAUCCUAUGUUGUAUUCUUUGUGACCUACCUGACCCUGGCCUGCUGUUCUGGACCUAGGAGACAUUUCCCCUGGAACCUGAUUCUCCUGACCAUCUUUACCCUGUCCAUGGCCUACCUCACUGGGAUGUUGUCCAGUUACUACAACACCACGUCGGUGCUGCUGUGCCUGAGCAUCACGGCCCUCGUCUGCCUCUCCGUCACCAUCUUCAGCUUCCAGACCAAGUUUGACUUCACCUCCUGCCAGGGUGUGCUCUUCGUGCUGCUCAUGACUCUCUUCUUCAGUGGACUCAUCCUGGCCGUCCUCCUGCCCUUUCAAUAUGUGCCCUGGCUCCACACGGUGUAUGCAGUGCUGGGAGCAGGCGUGUUUACAUUGUUCCUGGCAUUUGACACUCAGUUGCUGAUGGGUAACCGACGCCACACGCUGAGCCCCGAGGAGUAUAUUUUUGGAGCCCUCAACAUUUACCUAGACAUCAUCUACAUCUUCACCUUUUUCCUGCAGCUUUUUGGCACCAGCCGGGAUUGAGGAGCCCUUCCCGCCACCCCUUCCAUCAGAGAAUGCUCCCCUGCUGUCCUCUGACCCUCCCUGUGCUCCUCUAAGCCCACACAUAAACUAGCUGCCAGCCCAGCCCGUGGCCAGCCUGCUCACUCCCUCAGCCUAUCCCUCAUUCUCACUCCCUGUAGCUUGUACUUGUGCCAUGAGGGGCCCUGCGGGGCUGAGGUCACACCAUGACCUGUGCCACCCUUUCCCCCAAGUUACAUCUCCCAAACUGGGACAGUCCAGGCUGGAGGGUCCUCUGGGUCUGAGGACCCAAGGGGCAAGUGAGAGGAGAUCAACAGGAUUUCAGAUAUAGGAAAGAGACCCCAGGAAGCCUGGCUGAGCCCUGCACCCCCACCAAGAUCCCCCCUAAAGCUGUCACAGCCGUGUGACCUUGGGCCACACUAUCUUGUGUCCAAUACAUCCUCUGUUCUUUCCUUCCAGGUCAGGCUUUGUAAGGAAGGGGCUUGGGAUGACUGGGAGAUGAGGCGAGGGUGGUCUAUAGGGUGCUGGAGGGGGAGAUGGGUAGACAGUAUGGCUGUCCCAUUUCUAGGGACUGGAGCCCUGAGGCCAAGAGCACCCAGAGAGGCAUAGGAAGGGAGAGCCCUCUACCCUCCUGGGUCAUGACAGAGCACUGUUGGGGCAGGAGGCGGGAGCAGGAGGUCCUGCUCCUAAGUGGGGGCCUGUCCUGGGGCUCCAAGGGAGGUGGGUGCAGGGCAGCGAACUGGGAGGUCUGGGCUCUGCAGUCCCACCAGGUCACCCGACCUGCAUCCACCCAGGAAGCUUGUGGGGUUGGCGGGACUGAGACCUAUUCCUCUCACCCUCUUGUCUCAGCCUCACCCUGCCCCCAGCCCUUCCACAGGCGGUUUUCCGCACAUUUAUUUCUUAAACCCUCCCCCAUCUAAUGCCAUUUGCUGGCUUAUCCCUAGUCAGGCCUCCUGAGGCCUCAGUUGGCUGUGCCUGUGUCCCUUUCCCUAGCUUCUCCUGCCACUCAGCACAGAGUCCCUGAGCCCCCUCCGCUCCUUAUCGCCUCAUCUCUGUAAUUUGGAAGCUAUCCAGCCAGGGCCGGUCCCUCCAGCUGGCCCCAUGUGAUGAGGCCAGGCCUCCUUAUCAGCCUCUAGGCGGCUGAGAUCUCAAGCAGGGAGUGCGUCAG